AUGUCCUCCCCCGACCAAUAUGGACAGAUAUCCUUCCGACAAAAGCUCAAGGUACACUCUUUGACGAUGGUUGUGUUGCCUCUUUAUUCCCUGUGGAUAGUAAUCACUUAUCCAUUCUCCCCGAAUCUACGAAAGAAGACACUCAAGCUUGCCAUCUCACAUGCUCAAACGAGAUUUGCUACCGAUAAUUUUUCCGUUGCUGAGCUGCAGUUCAUUGCAGGCCUCAGCGUCAAUAUCUACAAGAAGUGGGCUCAGAAGAACAAGCUGCCGGUUGAUAUCGAGGACCUUCCCGAAGAAGGCGCAAGGCUGUUAUGGAUUGGUCCCAAACGUACGGACAAGGUGAUAUUCUAUUGCCACGGUGGCGGGUUCGUUUUACCGUUCUGGGAUUCGUUCCUAACCUUCUGGAGGCACGCACAAGUCGAAUUGGAAUCCAAGAACAUACACAUUGGCAUCGCUGUCAUGUCAUACAAUCUCAUCCCACCUGGGAAGUUCCCAAGCCAGCUCCGCGAAGCCAAAUCUGGACUCGAGCAUCUUUUCAAAUCGGGCGUUAAACCUGAAAACAUUCUGGUCGCCGGAGACUCGGCAGGAGGGAAUCUCGUAUUACAGAUCUUCUCUCACAUUCUUCACCCUCUAGCUUCUGUCGAGCGCAUAAACUUGCCCUCUGCAACGCCCUCUCGCUUCCGAGGUGCAUUCAUUUCGUCUCCUUGGCUCUCUCCCAGUGGCGAUAUUGGAAUGGGCCCAGCUUGCAAUAAUGAGACUGACAUCUUGUCGGCAAAUACGAUCCGAGCAUGGGGCACAAUCCCCCUUGAGGGCGUCCCCGAGGCGGAUAUGGUGUACAUAGAGCCAUCCAAAGCGCCAAAGACGUGGUUUUCCGGCAUCGAGAAGGUGACGGAACGUAUCCUUCUCACCUCAGGCGGGGCAGAGUGUGUCACCGACUCGCAUGUCCUGUUUUAUGAGGAGCAUAUGAAGGAGCAGCACCCAGAUGUGAAGUUUGUCGUGCAGAAGGAUGGUGUGCAUGAUAGCGCUUUGUUUAAGCUUGCAUUGGAGAAGAGGCCCGUACAGGAAUUGGCGGGAGUGAUUGUGGAUUGGGUGGGGGAUACGUUCGGGGAGGGGAGAGCUGAGAAAUGAGAAGAUCGGGUGCAGACGUGGUUCCCUCGACGAUCGUCUACUUCAUGUACUGAACCUUUGUAAAUUUGUGUUAGUAUAAGAUUGAUUUUUAAAGUCGCUACACCAGUUCCUUCCGCUCCUACUUGGUAAGGUCGUGGCACAGAUAAUUUUAUACCUAAAGAAAAGUAUCAGGGGUCGCUGGAUACGAAGAACUGAGGCAGGAAAUCAGAUCAGAAAAUUUACGAUCGAUUGGCAUGACGGCGAUGCUCAUUUAUGAUCGAGCAGAUAUCCAACCGAGACAACGAUUGAACUCAUACUUCCGAAAAGAACCCUUACCCUCCAGUCAGUGAGCAAUCAAUCCAGGACCAACGCGCCCAACGACUCUAGAAGCCGCAAAAAUAAUGGUGAGGCAAUACGAUUUGAGACCGGAUUCGACAAGCGCAACAGAACCGUAGACUACGUAGUCGUGGUGGUCGUAUG